CUUGUAUAAAUAGCCGUGUGGUACUCAGGCUGUAGAUCUUCAUCCGUGUCGGUUGUGCAAAUUUGACAAGACCUCCACUCUCCCUGACGGUAUCUGACUGCGGUGAUAAGGCUGUAAACAUGAGCGUAGGGAAUGAUUUCGCUGAACUUUUUGGGCAGAGUGUUAUGGGCAAAGACAAGAGCGAAGUGCCCGUGUCAUCAUUCACUGGCGAACAGAAAUACGUUGGUAUUUACUUCUCCGCCCACUGGUGCCCCCCGUGCCGAAACUUCACGCCCGUCCUGGUCGAAUUCUACAAGAAAGUGAAGAGCAAGGGGCUGGAGAUUGUGUUCGUCAGCUCUGACAGGGAUCAGGAGAGUUUCGAUGACUACUAUGACAGCAUGCCAUGGCUCACUAUAUCAUACGCCGACAGAGACAGGAAGGGACAACUGUGUGAAAAGUUUGGUGUGAGCGGUAUUCCAAGCUUCAUCUUGUUGGACGGCAAUACAGGGGCGAUGAUCACGAAGGACGGUCGUGGUCGUGUUCAGGGCGACGAGGAUGGAAAUAACUUCCCAUGGCAGUAAUGUUUGGGGGCAAACCAAAUAUUUUUUGGUCAGCUGUCUGAAGCAUAAGUCCUGGUUGUCAAACAUGGACGGGAAUCUUUUACUAUCCAUCGUCUCUCCCUUCGUUUCCCUACCCUCUGUCCUACCCGCUUCCUUGAAUAUCAAAAUAGUAUAAUUUCAGCGAGGUAAAAAGUUGUUUUACUUCGUCCGCAUAUUGAGGCUUCAUGGACAUGAUGUUAAAGAGAGUAUUUAUUUCCAUGUUAUUUGCUCAUUAUAUAAUUCCUUGUUACCGUUUUAGGAAUUUGAUGGUGUGAUUAUUUCUGUGAACGUUGUAUUUUAUACUAUCUGUACACUUCUUGAUACUCACAUUCUGAACAUAUGCAUUCAUCUGCUAAGACAUAACUAAAUAAAGUUAGAAUAUAUUCUG